GCCUACAGGUCGUUGCUUGUGCCCAUCUUCCUCCUGUCCGACUACCUACGUUACAAGCCCGUGUUGGUGCUGCAGAGCUUGAGCCACAUCUCCAUCUGGCUUCUGUUGGUGCUGGGCACCUCUGUCCUGACCAUGCAGCUGAUGGAGUUCUUUUAUGGGGUCACCAUGGCCGCCCGCAUCGCUUACUCCUCCUACAUCUUCUCCUUGGUGUCUCCAUCUCGCUACCAACGGAUGGCCAGCUACUCCCGUUCCUCCAUCCUCCUGGGGGUCUUCACCAGCUCGGUGUUGGGCCAGCUCUGCGUCACCUCGGGUGCUGUCUCCUUCCUCACCCUCAACUACGUCUCGUUGGGCUUCGUCGCCUUCGGCCUCGUCCUCACCCUCUUCCUCGAGCGGCCCCGACGCAGCCUCUUCUUCAACCGCCCCCGAGAGGGUGGGGAAGGGGCUGAGCUGGACCAGAUGGCUUCAGAGGAAGGUGGCAGGGGGCAGAAGGGCUGGAGGGACACCACGCUCUGCAGGAUGUUGAAGGAGGUGGGAGCCUUGGCCGGGCAACCCCAGCUCAGGCUCUGGUCCUUCUGGUGGGUCUUGAACUCGGCUGGGUACUUGCACAUCCUCUGGAAUGAGAUCUACCCCACCGUGGACAACCGCCGGGUCUACAACGGAGGGGUGGACGCUGCCUCCACGCUGCUGGGGGCUGGGGCCUCCUUCACGGCUGGCUACGUGAAGCUGCGCUGGACGCUGUGGUCGGAGCUGGUGAUGGGGGUGGUGACGGCUUUCCAGGCGGGGCUCCUUCUCCUCAUGAACACCACCAGCAACAUCUGGCUCUGCUACGCCGCCUACGUCCUCUUCCGCAGCUCCCACCAGUUCCUGGUGCCCAUCGCCAUUUUCCAGAUUGCUACCUCGCUCUCCAAGGAGCUCUGUGCUCUGGUCUUUGGGGUCAACACCUUCUUCGCCACCGUGUUGAAGACCAUCAUCACCAUCAUCGUGGCCGACAAGAGGGGCUUGGGCUUGUCCGUGCAUCCCCAGUUCUAUGUCUACUUUGGCUACUUCACCCUGCUGGCAGUAGCCUACCUGCUGGCGGCCGUCGGCGUACCGCAAGGAGCCCGGGGAGGUGGCCUUGGCCAAGGAGAUGUGUCCUCUGCCCACCGAGGGGCCAGCCCAAGAGAAGAGCCCGGAG